CCGAUCCUUGGGGUCUUCUCUGGGGUGAGUCAGCCCGAUCGAAACACGCAGCGGCCGGACUUUGUCGGCCUACCUCUCGUGUAUUCAUCUUUACCCUCCUUCGCUGGAUUCUCGUCGAAGGAAUCCUGUGCUUCCUACUACCGUUACCCUCGAAUUCUCGGAUCAUCUGUUGAUCCCAUCCACGAUCGCCCUCGUAGGGUCCUUGUAUCCCCUAAGGACGAUCGAUCGGUCUCCUCUUCUUGAGGUUUGUCCCUUAGAAGCCGGUCAAGAUGUUCAGUAGGCUGUUUGGAAAGCCCAAGGAGCAAGCCAAUGCCGUGGCCACUCUCGAUAAAUUAAAUGAGACACUUGAGAUGCUCGAGAAAAAGGAGAAAGUUCUCUUGAAGAAGGCUGCUGCUGAAGUUGAAAAGGCUAAGGAGUUCACAAGAGCAAAGAAUAAGAGAGCUGCUAUACAAUGCUUGAAGAGGAAGAGGCUUUAUGAACAACAAGUUGAGCAACUUGGAAACUUCCAGUUGAGGAUUCAUGAUCAGAUGAUAAUGUUGGAAGGUGCAAAAGCUACAACAGAAACUGUUGAUGCUUUGAGAACUGGAGCAGCAGCAAUGAAAGCUAUGCAAAAAGCAACUAAUAUUGAUGAUGUUGACAAGACCAUGGACGAGAUCAAUGAACAGACAGAGAACAUGAAGCAAAUUCAGGAAGCAUUAGCCACUCCUAUUGGAGCAGCAGCUGACUUUGAUGAAGAUGAGUUGGAAGCAGAACUGGAAGAGUUGGAGGGAGCCGAGUUGGAGGAACAGCUUCUUCAGCCUGCUACAACUGCUCCUGCUGCGCCAGUUCAUGUUCCUGCUGGUAGAGUACCUGCUCGGCCUGUUCCCCAGAAAAAUACUGCCGAGGAAGACGAACUUGCAGCAUUGCAAGCUGAGAUGGCAAUGUAGUGAGGCACUGUGAUCUUCACAUCUGCCAUGUGUCUCGGAAGAUUAAGACAGCAGCUAAUGACGAUCCAACCUUUCUCUUGAGACUGUUCUACCCAAUCUCUCUGUUGAAAAGCACCUGUAAAAUUCAUGAUCGAAGUGUGAUUGCUACCUGUAAAAUUUCUGUUAUAAUUUGGAUGUGCCAUGACAGGGGAUCUUCUCUGUUGAUGCUUUAUGCGCCCGUGAUAUAAGAGCUGAUUGCCAUUUCCAA